GGUAGAGCGUCUUGCAUCCCCUGAGGCUGUUCGAAGUACAGUAAUGGGGAACUUGUUUUGGUGCCCAGACGCCUAAGUGUUUUUUGAUGGUGCCUUGUCUGAGGACUCCAGCUGCUCUGAUGAUAGCCUAAGAAGACUGCACGCUGUUCCCUGUCAGCGCCAAGCCAGGCCCAUUCAGAACCUUGGAUCUCAGUCCUUCAUGGAGACCAGCUCUCAGCAGGAAAUUGGCACCCAGAUGGUUGCUCCAUGUGAAGUUGUCUGUGGCUGUGGGCAGACUGGAGGACACCUGGUGGCCAGGCCAGCCCUUUAUCAAUCAUCUGGGUCCAGGCAGCAUGGUGCGGAUUCAGAGGAGGAGGCUUCUGGCACCUUGCCUGUGCAUGACAGCUGCUGUCUUUCUGAUGGUUACACUCCAGGUAGUGGUUGAGCUGGGGAAAUUUGAAAGGAAGAAGUUUAAGAAUCCCAACUUUCAUGAUGGAUAUAAAAAAGUGGAAGAGCCUAAACAUCUCAACCUGUUUCCUAAAAAGGAAGUGUUGCCCUUGGAUGGGAAGAACAUGGUGGAUGUUGGUAACUACCCCAUUAUGCUGUGGUGGUCCCCACUGACUGGAGAGACUGGCAGGCUUGGCCAGUGUGGGGCUGAUGCUUGCUUCUUCACCAUUAACCGGACCUUUCAGCAUCAUCACAUGACCAAGGCCUUCCUCUUCUAUGGUACUGACUUUAACAUAGACAGCCUACCCCUGCCUCGGAAAGCCCAUCACGACUGGGCCCUUUUCCAUGAAGAAUCUCCUAAGAACAAUUAUAAGCUCUUCCAUGAGCCAGUCAUCACCUUAUUCAACCACACAGCCACAUUCAGUAGGCAUUCCCACCUGCCGCUGACUACUCAGUACUUGGAAGGUGUGGAAGCCCUGACGUCACUCAGAUACCUUGUUCCUUUGCAGUCUAAAAAUAAGCUGAGACAAAAGCUUGCUCCCCUGGUGUACGUACAGUCUGACUGUGAUCCACCAUCAGACCGGGACAGCUAUGUUCGUGAGCUGAUGGCUUACAUUGAAGUUGACUCCUAUGGCGAGUGUUUACAAAACAAAGCCCUUCCCCAGGGGCUGAAAAAUUCUGCCUCCAUGGAUGCUGAUGGCUUCUACAGGAUCAUCGCCCAGUACAAGUUCAUGCUUGCUUUUGAGAAUGCAGUCUGUGAUGACUACAUCACAGAGAAGUUCUGGAGACCGCUGAAACUGGGGGUGGUGCCUGUGUAUUAUGGGUCCCCCACCGUCGCAGACUGGCUUCCAAGUAACAGAAGUACCAUUCUUGUAUCUGAGUUUUCUCACCCCAAAGAACUGGCAAGUUUCAUUAGACAACUGGAUGAUGAUGACAGGUUGUAUGAGGCCUAUGUAGAAUGGAAGCUGAAGGGUGAGAUCUCUAACCAGCGACUACUGACAGCUCUCCGGGAACGGAAGUGGGGAGUGCAAGACAUUAGCCAAGACAACUACAUCGAUACAUUUGAGUGUAUGGUGUGCCGCAGGGUGUGGGCAAAUAGUAGGCUACGGGAGCAGGGCUUACCACCCAAACAAUGGAAGGCAGAAGUUAGCCACCUGAGCUGCCCGGAGCCGACCUUGUUCGCCUUCUCAUCUCCAGCUUCUCCAGCCCUACGUGGGAGGUCCUUGAGGGAGCUGUGGCUACCUAGCUUUCGGCAGUCUAAGAAAGAAGCCGAGGCACUGAGGUGGCUGGUGGAUAGGAACCAGAACUUUUCAUCUGGAGAGUUUUGGGCCUUGGUAUUUAAGGACUAAUUUUAACAGGUACUAGAAUGACAGAAUAAGGUUAAUUUUCUUGGAUGCCUUAAUAUUUGAAGGUAAUAGCUAUUCCACCAAGUAUCCUUUGGGAUAAGAAUUAGUUGCAGCAGUUCUCACAAAGAGUCCUGUAAUAUGACAGCCAUGAAUUACUUUUAGGGGUUGCCUCUAUAUUUCUAUACCAAAAAAAGCAGACAUUUAAAAAUGGACAUUGGUUGCCUUGAGUUUAUGUAUUUGGGCCCAUGUACUCACUGUCUUUGGAACCUGACCCACGGUCAAGUGCCUUCCUUGCUCCAUGUCUAGCUGUGAGUGUGUGGUGCUCACCUCCCUGGCAGCAGCUCAUUGGUAUUUGGCAAGCCCCGUUUCUUGAUGCUGAGAGUGAAUGAAACGAGUUAGAACUUGGCAGUGAGAGAUUCCAUCUGUUGUUCUCAGGGAUGUGAGUGAGUAAGAAAACCUGUGUCAGGCUUCCCUGCUCUCCCAGUUCAAAGGAUAUACACACAGCUUCCUGCCUCUCUGCACCCUUGCCACCUCACUAGUCAGGUCUAUAUUCAUUUCACCUGUGCCCUCCUCCCAUUUCCCUCUCAAGUGGAAUUUUCUAUAAAGACAUAACUCCUCCUCGUUUUUCCGUGAGUGAGAUAUCACUAAUUGUUUCUUAUGUUACAGAGCAGGAGAGGAAAAAAAUUGUCAGAUUCAUGGCAGAAGAGCCAUUUGUUUUGAUCAAGGUGAGGGCAGUGAAUGCCUGUCUCUCCUUUGGGUUGGAGUUGAUUGUCAUUAGGAUGAUGGAUACCACCUGUCAAGGUAGGCAGGCACUCUGCUGAGGAGCAUUUCCAAGUUUCUAAUGCUGCUGGAAAAGGCAUCAGCUGUAUUAUUUGGUUACCCACUGGAGCUCACAGAAAAUAAAGAGGAGCAACACUGGCUUUCAUUCCAUUAGAUGGUAAGGAGACUUCUAAUCAGCACAGAAACCUCGUGAUAACUAGUGGGAUGGCUUCUGUGUUCUGUAUGUUGGAAGACAAGCCAUUGCAGCCAGCCUGUAAGAAAUGAGAGUUAAAAGACAUAUAUUCCUUAUUUUUUCAUCUUGUUUGUCUGUGGGCAGUUUUUCCUCAAUCCCACAUCUGUCAUGGACUAAGCAUUAUCUUAAACAAAUCCCUUAACUUCCCUGGACCUUGGGUUUUGUAUCUUAAAAAGAAGUGAUUGAUCUGGUCUUUGAAGUUGUAAUAUUCUUUAACCAGUCAUCAACAUUUUAAGAUGAUUAAUUUUAUAGGAGCUUUUACUAAAGCGGGAAUAAACAGGCUUAGAUUUGUGUUUUUCAAGUGAAAUACAUUCUUUGGAGAAAGAAACAUAUGUAUUUUACAUAGUACUGAGAAUGGAGGAGAUGCCAUACCAGUUGAUCUAACAUCCAAGCAGCAAAUGUUUGAAAAUGAUUGUUGGUGUAAAAUUAGGCUUUAAACUGUGUACUGAAUGAAGUGGAAUUCUUUCUGAAUCCUCAAAAACGGUCUGCAAAAGGAUUUGUAUCUUUGACAAAAUAAUGUAUAAGCUUCUCUUUCCAUAAAUGUCUAAAACAAA